AUGGCAAAUAUUUUGAAGGCCACUAACAAUGGUGGUGUUAGAGAUUCUGCUGGGCUGCUUGACAUAAGGGUCGGUCGCGUUCUCAGGGCAUGGAAACAUGAUGAAGCUGAGACGCUUUAUGUUGAGGAAGUUGAUAUUGGUGAGCCUGAACCUAGAAUCAUUUGCAGUGGCCUUGUUAAUUAUAUCCCUCUUCAACACCUUCAGGGGAAAAAAGUUAUUGUUCUUUCGAAUCUGAAGCCAAGGAAUAUGCGUGGUGUCAAGUCAUGUGGAAUGUUGAUGGCUGCUUCUGAUUCCAAACAUGAGAAUGAAGCAAAUCCUGGUGAAAGAAUAUGGUUUGGAUCUGAAGAUGAGAAGGAUAAUCAACCUGAAGCUGCCAAACCAAAUCAGAUACAAAAGAAAAAGAUAUGGGAGCUAGUACAGCCUCAUCUUAAGACAGAUGUUUCUUGUACUGCAAUGCUAGGUGAGCAUGUAAUGCGUACAUCUGUAGGCACAGUGGCAUGCCAGUCUUUGCAGAAUGCAAAUAUCUCCUGA